GGAACUAUUUACAAUUGCGUUGUGCAUGGUAGGACAUAAUUAGGUGAAGGACAGGUCUUCAUGGAGUAAAACGUGAGUAAAUAACUACAUUUAUUUUUAGCAUCAACAAAUUGUUCUAAUGAGAUGUGUUCAAUAUAACUUCGCGUCCAACUUAUUUGAUUAAUUAUUUCCAUGAUAAAAAACACGUUUUUAUAAGAUUGUCUCAUCAUUUAAACCAGCUGGAAUCGACUAUCGAGAGUAUUGGAAGUGAACUGACCAUGAAAAAUAAACGUUUUGGAGAGAGGUUAGUCGCCCUUCACACGAGUAUCGGCAUGUAACUAAUAAUAAUUAUGUUGAAUUUGUACAUUGUUGGAAAUACAAGGUAGUUGGGGAAACGCACACAGUGUAUUACACUGAACAAAAAUGUAAACGCAACAUGGAAAGUGUUGGUCCCAUGUUUCAUGAGCUGAAAUAAAAGAUCCCAGAAAUGUUCCAUAUGCACAAAAAGCUUAUUUAUCUCAAAUUGUGUGCACACAUUUGUUUACAUCCCUGUUAUUGAAUAUUUCUCCUUUGCCAAAAUAGUCCAUCCACCUUACAGGUGUAUAUCAAGAAGAUGAUUAAACAGCAUGAUCAUUACACAGGUGCACCUUGUGCUGGGGACAAUAAAAGGCCACUAAAAUGUGCAGUUUUGUCACAUAACACAAUGCCACAGAUGUCUGAAGUUUUGAGGGAGCGUGCAAUUGACAUGCUGACUGCAGGAAUGUCCACCAGAGCUGUUGCCAGAGAAUUGAAUGUUAAUUUAUCUACCAUAAGCUGCAUCCAACGUCGUUUUACAGAAUUUGGCAGCAUGUCCAACCGGCCUCACAACCGCAGACCACAUGUAUGGCAUCGUGUGGGAGAGCAGUUUGCUGAUGUCAACGUUGUGAACAGGCAUAAACUACGGACAAUGAACACAAUUGCAUUUUAUCGAUGGCGAUUUUAAUGCACAGAGAUACCAUGACGAGAGGCCCAUUGUCGUGACAUUCAUCCGCCACCAUCACCUCAUGUUUCAGCAUGAUAAUGCAAGGCUCUGUACACAAUUCCUGGAAGCUGAAAUUGUCCCAGUUCUUCCAUGGCCUGCAUACUCACCAGACAUGUCACCAAUUGAGCAUGUUUUGGAUGCUCUGGAUCUACGUCUCUGACAGCGUGUUCCAGGUCCCGCCAUAUUCAGCAACUUCGCACAGCCAUUGAAUUGGAGUGGGACAACAUUCCACAGACCACAAUCAACAGCCUGAUCAAUUCUAUGCGAAGGAGAUGUGUCGCGUUGCAUGAGGCAAAUGGUGGUCACACCAGAUACUGACUGGUAUUCUGAUCCACGCCCCUACCUGUGACCAACAGAUGCAUAUCUGUAUUCCCAGUCAUGUGCAAUCCGUAGAGUAGGGCCUAAUACAUUUAUUUCAAUUGACUAUCAUUAUAUGAACUGUAACUCAGUGAAAUCGUAGACAUUUUAGCAUGUUGCGUUUUCUAUUUUUGUUCAGUAAAUUGCUUCUGGUUGUUAGCAACCAAUUAGGUUGGCAGCUCAUUGGCACUGGAUAGCCUACCUUUGAUUGUGUGUUACCUCUAUGGAUGUUGAGGAAAUGCUUAUGAAGAUAGCUUGCUGCCCUUAUGUGAUGUCUUUGUAGCAAAAAAUAUUACACAUACCAUGGCAUUCAUGCACAUCUAGCUACCUAACACAGCACUGUUGUAGUGAACAAACUGCUGCUGUAUCUACUAUAAGUCUAACAAUGUAUUUGUUUUUCCUUAGUGAGGAGGGGUCAUCUGUGGACAAACAGUCCAUGGACUAUGUAGUGGGAUCAGUAUCAGGCAGCUUGUUUCCAAAGGAGUCUGCAUCCAGCUCCGGAUCAUUAUCAGCCUUGUUCCAAGCUGCACCAGUAGUUGACACUCUGUUCUUUGUUCCUGCUCCCAAGGUAAGCCCAUUAGUCCCAAGGCAAGGAUGCUCAGCUCCGGUCUUUUAAUGGUGCAGCCCAGCUGAUUUUUGUUUUCCAGGAAACCAAGGCCAUGUUCAGUAGAGAAAAGGUUUAGAAAUAAUGUGAAACGGGGAGUUUCUACCCGUCCACUAAGAAACAGUAAUCAGUGUCCAGUUGGGAGAUAAUGUUUUGAAAUCGGGAGGUAUUACCUGCAAAACCAACCGGACUACAGAGCUGGAGGGCCUGAGUCGUGUACCCUUGCUAGAAUCUAUUUGCCAACUGAGUGAAAUUACGUUUGUUAUUUUCUGUGUGGUUCUUCCCUGCAUAGCUUGAACCGAGGAGCGUGGAGGUGAAGGAAGGCGCGGUCACAAAAGGCCCGAACAACCAGAAACAAACAAAGAAAGCCACAAAGGACAAAUCAGCUGCAGACCUAAAUCUAGAAAACAGGUGAGCGAUAAAAAUUAGACUAUUUGUGACAUGCAAAAGAGUGCUGUGAUGCAAGAGAUGUAGAUUGAUAGAUAACAAAGCUUUAUUUCUCUCUCUCUCCCUCUCCCAUUCUCGCUCUCCCGCUUUCAGAGAAAGUGCAUUACAAAAUGCUGACGAAGAUGAACAGGUCCCAAAGAUGCGCAAGAAGUCUAAAAGGAAAGCUGUUGAGAUGGAAGAAGGGGGUGCAACAGAGGAGGAGGAGAGGCAGACAAAACAGAGGACUGGAGCCCAAAUGGCAGAGGAGAGAGUAAAACAGAAACGAACGGUGUUUGUCGGCAACCUACCUGCCAGCUGCACAAAGAAGGUAACAGCAGCCCCAUUUGUGUUAUAAGCAGUGAACAUAAUCUCAUUGAUUAGGUAUGUAGAAAGCAGACCUGGGUUCAAAUAGCAAAUAUUCCUGUUAUGUUGCUUAUAUGUUGUUUGUGUGUGGUUUUUCAGACACUACAGCUUGUCUUCAAGGAUCAGGGAGCCAUUGAAAGCAUUCGAUUUCGAUCAGUGGUAAGUACUCCAUUCACUGUAUUAGAUUAAUCUAAUUCCCAUCAUCAGACAAUGUGAGAGUGCUCAUUUCCACUAGGGUUGAGCUUCCUGAAUGCUUCAUAGUAAUGGAUGAAAGAUGAUCUUAGUGAUACAACGCUUUCUGAAGACUCAACCCUGAUCGGUGAAGCUAAAACAUGUCAUUUUUCUUGCAGGUAAGAGAGGAUCCAUCUAUGUCACGCAAAGUAGCAGCUAUUCAGUAAGUUUCCCUGAUUUUUUUUUUACCAUGAGAAAUGCUAACACUGGUUGAAUGGGAGUUUAUCCAUGGUAACAUGACGCAUGCAUUAGAGUACUUUUUUUUUUUUUUUUGCUUUCCCUCUCCAGACGUAAGGUUCACCCCAAGAAGCAGAGCAUCAAUGCCUACGUGGUGUUCAAAGCUGAAGAAGGAGCCGAGAAGGCAUUGGAAAGGUACAGCAACUGGCAAGCGUUCAACUUGAAUUUUACCGUGACUGUUUUAAAUUAUAUAUCAUAAUCUCGUAAACCCAGAACUAAAGUCUUGCUUAAUUGCGUCAGAUGCUCUAUUACAUUUCCCUUCAGAAAUUCUAAAGAUGUGAGCACCUGCAAAAUUGUGAUUUGAUCAAAUGAUCAGUCAAAAAAUCAGCGUACCAGAACAAAGUUCCUCAUUAGUCGUUACAUCCCACAGUCUGUUGACAGACACUACGAUACCAUGUGUUACGUGCGUCUGUCCGAGAGAUGAAUAUAUCAAGUGUUAUCUUUAGGCCCUUGUGGGUUAAUAUGUAUUACUUUAAUUCUUGCAGGAACGGCAUGGAGAUUGAGAAAGACUUUCACAUCCGGGUGGACAGGAUCUCCAAAAGUUCAUCGGUAAGUUUCCCAUGACACUUGAUAUUUUACAAAGGACCUGCCUAGCGUUAAGACCGGUAUACUUGGUGGCAAUAAAAUGCACAUGCUGACAGUUUGAGAAAGUUACGGUGAUAAAUUGACAUUUGCUUAAUCUUUUGAUUUUGUAUAAACUUGUUUGAGCAAGGAUGCUGCUACACAUCUAUUGAAUAACAUUGUUUCGUCUUUCAGCACGAUCACAAGAGGUCAAUAUUCAUUGGAAAUCUACCAUUCGGUGAGUAACUAUUUAAGAGGGUUUACUUUACUGUGAACUUGUCAGUCAAAAGGAAAACAACAUUUCAUACUGUAUUAACUUGUAGAUAUAAACGAAUUGCCACUGCGACAGCACUUUGAGGAGUGUGGCAAGGUGGAGGGGGUGCGGUUGGUGCGGGACAAGAACUCUGGAAUGGGCAAGGGUUUCGGCUACAUCUUAUUCGAGGUGAGGAAAAAGAACACACAUUUCAUGUGAAGCAGUUAUGUAUGCUUUUCAGCAGGCUUCCUACUACUGAGCUGGCCAAGUCCCAUACUGCAGCCAACGCGUUGCAUAGCAACAACACACAGUUUGGCCGUAGACUACUACUAAUCCGUAUUAUAGUAUUACGACACCUCUUUCCUAACUACACCCCUCCAUCCAUACCUGCAUCAUCGCUAACGGCUAACGUAUUUGUUGUAGAGCAUCGAUUCUGUCCAGCUGGCCUUGAAACUAGACAGCUCCAAACUCCUUGGCAGGUCGGUCCGGGUGAAGAGGUCAGUGAAGAAGGAGAAAGAGAAGAAGAAAGUGGUGCACAGAGGUCCCAGAGGGAAAUAAAGAGAGACUAAGGGUGCAGGGAAGGAGAAGGGGCCUACCAAAGGAGGCUUUAAGGGGAGACCGGGCCAGGGCGUUCCCCAAAACAAAUCUUUCGGGAGGCCGCAGGGGAAGGGGCCCCAAAUGAAAUCGAUGGGGAAGCCAUUCAAGAAAAGUCCAGGCGAGGCAUCGAAAGCCACCACAGGCCCCGCUUCCUUCAAAGGUGAGAUGGCUGACCCGAACAGCAAAAAAGCAAAGGCGAAAGCACUGAAGAAGAAACUCAAACCGAGGAAAAGGAAUCAGGUUGUACACAUUUGA